CUCGGGUUCAGGACCCGAAAUUUUGCGCAUGCGCAUAGCACGCUUAAACGUCUCAACCCCUCUCAAGAAACACACGCUCUCCGGACCAUUUUCACGCAUGCCCAAAACAAAGAUGGAGGCGUCUGACCAUGAUUACAGUUACCCUCUCGCCAAUGCUGAGGCUGAACACCAACAACUCCAUAUAACAGUUCAGACGGGGCGUUCACUGCCGUCUGUGAAAAAGUGUUUCUGCUGUCCACCUCCACAGUAUCACUGUCCGUUUUGCGGACCAGGAUUUUUUAAGCCCACUAAACUGUCAAAGGUCAAGAUCCAUAUGGACGGUCAUUUUAAUAAAGCAGUUUCCUAUAUAGAUUACACCAUUCAUAGAUGUGGACUCAGCUGCAGGAAACGGCAACACUUUCACUGCUUAUACUGCACAGCUACUGUACUCAGGAAAAGAGACCUUAAAGUCCAUCUUUCAUUCUGCCACAUGAAACGCACCCUAACGUCUGUUCAGACAUCGGACUCUUCAGCGCCGGCACAGGACCCAAACCCCACACGGUCUGCCCAGGACUCAAAACCUACACAUUCUACCCACAUCCCAAAUCCCACAAAACUUGCUUACUGCACAAAGUUAGAGGAAGUUCUGCCUUCAUGGCUUAACAACACUCUCCUCUGUACCAUGCUCCGGGACCCUGUAGUUCACACGCGCUCAGAGAAACCCCCCGAGCUUGAGCCUCUUCACUCUCCGGACCUUGUUGGUACAUGUGCGAAAGAGAAUAAAAUAAAGAUGGCCAAAGAUCAUGACUGUGGUUCCAACCUUGCUGAGGCUGAUCCAAAGGAGAACAAACUCCAUAUUACAAUUCAGACGGGGCGUUCACUGCCCUUUGUGAAAAAGUGUCGCUGCUGCCCAUCUCCGCAGUAUCACUGUCCGUUUUGUGGUCUAGAAUUCUUUAAACCCACAAAACUGUCAAAGCUCAAGAUUCAUUUGAGUCGACAUAUUAAAAAAGCAAUUCCCCAUAGAGAUUACACCAUUCAUAGAUGUGGACUCAGUUGCAGGAAGCAGCAACACUUUCACUGUUUGUAUUGUACGGCUACGGUACUCAGGAAAAGAGACCUGAAAGUCCAUCUUUCAUGCCACAUAAAACAUACGGAAACUUCUCCAGCUUCUGACCAGAGCUUAAACUCUUCUUUUCCGAUGCCUACCCAAACCCUGACCCCUACAUCCUCUGCCCAGACAUAAAGUCCUGUAACGUCUGUCCUGAGCCCAAAGCCAACCUCACUUCCCCCCAAACCCCCAAAAACUAGCUUGUAGCACUAAGUUAGAGGAAGUACUGCCUAUAAGACCAAACAAAACUGACCCGUAUAGCCUUCCUUAGAACCCUCUAGUUCAAACAUGUGUCAAACAAGUUUCUGUGGUGAAACCUCGCUGCUCUCCAGAUUGUGGUGGUACAUGUGUUAAGGAGAAUCAGAUGAAGACGGACGCUCAGGACCAUGAUGGUUACAACGUUGGUGAGCAAUCAUUGAGGAAAACAAAAUCACGCCAUUCGUAGAUGUGGACUCGCUUGCAUGAAACAGCAACUGUACAGCUACGGUACUCAGGAAAAGAGACCUUAAAGUCCACCUUUCAUUCAGCCACAUAAAACACACAAGAACUCUGUCAGAUUGGGGCCCAAGCUCUUUUUCUACAUCCAAGGAUUUAAGUUUUGAGAUUCUUGAAAAAGACCAUAUCCCCAGAACCACUGCCCAGACCUCACGCCAUAUAUGACUCGGAGCAGAAGCCCUGAAGCACCCCCCCAGGGACCCAGCAUUAUAUUGUCUACCAUAGUUUAAGCCCUACGUUACUUUUCCUUGUCCGAGCCUUACCAGUUUUCCUAGUACCAUGAAGUUAAAGAAGGAUCUACCUGUACAAAUAACCAAAACCUGCUCUUGGUUAUAGUCAGUCUCCCAUGCUUAUGGACUCAUAAAAAACCUGUUAACAUGAUAUUUUGAGUUAUGGUUAUAGAAACCUUAUGUGAAGAUGGUUUUUUUUCUACAAAUGAUAUUUUGAUAUUCACAUAAUGACCAAAUUGUGACAUUCUGUUAAUUCAAUGCUGAUUUUCACAAAUAAAUGUGCAAUUUUUUCACACAA